UUAGGAAAAUGAGAGCAGAUAGAGAGAGAAUGUGAGUGAGUCCGUGAGUGUUUCCUGAAAGGAGGAUAAAAAGAGAGAGAGAGAGGAGACCCUGGGGUGGGCUGCUGCAAGCGGCGGGCAACACCGAGCCAUGGAGGGCGAUGUGCGUGUUCGUGCAGUGGUGAUGACACGUGAUGACUCCAGUGGCGGUUGGGUGCCCCUUGGAGGUGGCGGCCUCAGUCAUGUGGUCAUAUGUAAGGGGCGGACUCAUGACGGCAGGGGGCGGAGAGAAUACAUCAUACGCGGAGAACGGCUGCGAGAUCGAGCACCGGUGUUGGAGUGUGCAGUGCAGAGGGGGUUAGUGUACAACAAGGUGAACCCCAUCUUCCAUCACUGGCGAGUAGAGGAUCGAAAGUUUGGCCUUACAUUCCAGAGUCCUGCCGAUGCCAUCUCCUUUGAGAAAGGGCUGCAGACUGUCAUAGACAAGCUGGACAGAGGCUCUGACUCGCCCUCGUCCUCCACACCAGAAGAGGCCGACACCGAGGAUGAUGGACAAGCUUCCCAUACAGGAAGUGAGUCGUCAUCCAACAGCAGAAAGGAGAUGCUUCCUAAACCUAUCACCAUAGUGACAAGUGAGUCGUCGUCUACCUGCUUCGUGCGGUCAGAAGAGUUUAGUUUUGGAUCCAGCCAUGCUGUCACCACUCAGACACCUGCUCAGAUCCACACCAGACCGGGACAGCACCAGCUCUCACAAAUGACGGCUGUGUUGAAUCCCCCAGCGCCCCCACCCCCACCUCCUGCUCCACCUACUCCUCCUGUGGGUCCCCCGGCCUCAUCUCCUCUGUCCCCCCUCUCACCUACCAUUUCUCUGCUGGAGGAGGGAGACCUCCGCAGUGUGGACCCUUGCAAAGACCUGUGGGGUUCUAGAGGCUAUGAGGACUACAGACGGGCGGGGGCCACCAGGACUAUGGUCGGGGGGCUGACGGGGGGUGUGGUUGUCGGUGGUGGAGGGAGUCUGCAGGACAAGUCAGAGCUGUGCGUAGUUCGCUUUGAGAAGGAGCUGGCAGGAGUGGGGACAGCAGGCUGCGACGUAACAGUGAGCUUGGACAGUAAAGCUGCGCAGCGUCUGUCCUCGUCAUCACCCACCUGUAUGUCCAUGCCCAACGCUGUGUCAGGCGUGUCCUCAGGUGCCGGCUCACCCCAGGAGACGGGCAAAGGCUCGCCCUCUCCGUGCUGCAUCCACACCUCACUGGCCACACCCCGGUCACGGACUCGUAAGAGAGGAGGAGGGGCCAGCAGCAGCGGCGACCCUGGGGUAAUCUCUCCUGACGACGACAGCCCAUGUCCUCAGGCAUCAUCGUCAUGCUCAUCUCGCUGUGUGUACUGCCGCUCUGUUUUCAGCGCUUCAGAGAACGGGCGGGGCCGCUGCAGAGAUGCCCCGGACCCAGCCCUGCACUGCCUGCGCCAGUGGACCUGUGUGUGGUGCGCAGAGAGUCUGCUUUACCACUGCAUGUCGGACUCUGAGGGAGAGUUCUGGGAGCCUUGCUCGUGUGAUGACUCGAUGGGGGGCCACCCGCACCCCCUUUGCUGUGCCCGCUGGUUGGCCCUCGUGGCCCUGUCGCUCUUCGUGCCCUGCAUGUGCUGCUACCUGCCUUUGCGCGCCUGCCUGCGGUGUGGGGAGAGGUGUGGCUGCUGCGGGGGAAAGCACAAGGCGGUCCGAUGA